CGCAUGCAAGUUUUCAAUGCAGAGUGUCAAAAAUCUCAAAGAAAAUUUCUUGUCAGGGGCGGAAAAGAAGUGAAAAACCUUGGUGAAAAGUUGUGUAAUUCCGGCAAUGGCGUCUCAGCGAAAGAUUGAUGAGGCCAAUGAGCACAUCAGGCAAGCGGAGAAGAGCCUGAAAACCGGGUUACUCAAAUGGAAGCCUGAUUAUGACGUAGCUGCGGAUGAGUACAACAAAGCAGGAGUUGCAUUCCGCAUUGCCAAGGAGUACGAGAAAAGCGUGGAGUGCUUCUUGAAGUGUGCUGAAAAUUACAAAUUAAACCGUUCGUGGUUCCAUGCAGCUAAGGCCAUGGAGGCUGCUGUGCAACCCAUGAAGGAGAUGGGACUCCUCAAGAAGGUUCCAGAAUUCAUUGAGCAAGCAGCGGUACUGUAUCAGCAGCAUGGCUCCCCGGAGGCUGCCAUUGCUACACUGGAGAAAUGCUCAAAAUUCAUGGAGAACACCCAUCCGGAUUUGGCGAUUUUGCUGUUGAACAAGGCCGUGGAUAUUGUGAUGAUUGAGGAUUCCUCGCGCCAGGGAAUUGAGUACCUGAACCGCUUAGCGCGUCUAAUGGUGAAGCAUCAAUUCUACGACGAUGCCACGGAUGCCAUACGACGUGAAAUUAUCCUGAAUCAGAAGGAAGAAUCAUUCCAGGCCAUUGGGCGACUUGCGGUUGUUCUGGUGCUGGUGCAGCUGGCACGGGCAGACUAUGUGGCUGCGGAGAAGGCGUUCAAGGAAUGGGGCAACUACUGUGAACCAUCGGAAAUUCAGACACUCGAAAUGCUCCUUCAGGGCUUUGACGAUGAAGAUCCGGACUUGGCACGUCGAGCUCUCAGUUCCCCAUUCAUUCGUCACAUGGAUGUUGAAUUUUCCAUCAUGGCGAGGGAUCUGCCAUUGCCCAGUGGACUCUCCACCGCUCCGAAAGCCAGCGUCAUUGAGAAUGCCGUGGCAUCAUACAAAUCACCAAAUGCUCCUCCUGGAGAGGUGAGUGUGCUGAUGAGCUUUCCAGUUGUUAAGAAAACUUUAACAUUAUUUUUUUUUCUUCCAUUGCACAGGAGAGUGGUAGGAGCUUUCCAAGUGAGGAUGACAUUGAAGAAGGUGGAUUGUGUUAGUGGUGUUCCUCCGAUGAGUUCCCAACUAUACAAAAUUUCUCUCUGUAUCUCUCAACGAAUCCUCCUGAUCUCGCCGCGCAUAGUCCACUGCGAAAAUCUUCCUGGCAAGCUUUCACUGAAAUCUCCUCACCUGUCAUUCAACAUGGUAUGCAUUUUGAUCUUUUAAAUCUCUAAUCCUUAAAUUAUUUGGAAAAGAUUUAAACGAACGUGGAGACUGCUUUUGGGAUGAUCAUUCCUUCGGAGCGUGUUUUGUUUGAUUUUUUCUCUCUUCAUUAUCGAAGAUGAAUGGCCUGAGUUUUUUAUUUUACUAUUUUAAACCUAUAUUAUUGUAAAUUUUAGUAAAAAAUAUAAAAUUUACUUUAUUUUGUGAUAGAGAAAACAAUUUAUAAUUAAUUUUAAUUAAUAAAGAAAAUUCUUGUUUUCCCGUGAAAAAAGGGAUGAAAACAGCAACAGUUCACAUUGUCCACAGUGUAAAUAAAGAAAGUAGAAGUUGAAUGAUAAAAAAAAACAAAGAGAAUUACAAAAAAACAAAGAUUUAAAAAAUAGAAUAAUAUAUAUUUUCGCUUAAAGUGAAUAUUUUAUUGAUGAUGAAAUUAUUCCAAUUUAAAUAAGACAUAUUCAAACGUUGAUGCUAAACAAAUGAAAAAAAAAAGAUAUGAAGUAUUCACACCUCAAAGUGUCAGUGUGUAACGUUGUAAUCUAAUUAUGAAAUCUUAAUAAAAAAGAACAAAACUGCUGAAAAAUUUAUCUAGUCACUUUGACAAAGUGAAGAAUGUUAUCAGCGAGAGAAAUAAAGAAUUUCCGUUGUCAAUA